GAAACCAGCUUUGUGCUGCCCCGUGAACUAACAUACUUAAUUAUUUCUUAAUAAUCUAUUUAUUAUCACAUAUUUAACAAAAGUUAAUAUACAAAUUCAUGUAAUGUAAAGUAGUGACUGGCUUCGAAUUUCUAGUCAGACUGCCUUUACUUCAUUAUCGUUCUCUUUAUGUCUUACGUAAUAGAUCUAGGAUAAAACUAGUUGGCACUUCUUUUGCGUACCUACAUUUUUAAUGGACACGUAUUCAAACGCAAAAAUCGUAAAAGACGCUAUAAACACUUCACACGCAAAAUCGUCAAAUGUGAGCAAAGCACUAAAUUUGAGAUAGCAAAAUAAAACAAAAAUAUUCAAAUUACUCUGAUAAAAAACUUAAAAUUCCGCCAUCUGCGAUAGCCGUCUUUAAAUAAAACCUUUUUCCGAAUGUCACGCUUCCAGUUAUUAUUCAAUAUGAAAAGUCUAAUCGUACUAGUUGUUAUAGUAUCAAUCGUUACUUGCAAAAAGCAAUCAAAACCUAAUAUCGUCGUUAUCCUGGGAGAUGAUAUAGGAUGGAAUGACUUUAGCUUCCACGGCUCUAAUCAAAUUCCUACUCCUAAUAUUGACGCCCUGGGUUACAAUGGAGUUUUUCUAAAUAGAUUCUAUACCCAACCAACAUGCUCUCCGUCAAGAGCUGCUCUUCUAACCGGAAAAUAUCCCAUGAGAAUGGGUUACCAAGGAACGCCAUUAAAUUCUGGAGAGGACCGACCAUUACCAGAUGACGUAGAAACGUUACCUCAAAAAUUAAAGGAACUCGGUUAUAAAACCCAUUUAGUCGGUAAGUGGCACUUAAGUGCUGGAAGAAGAAAAGACACGCCUACUGGUCGAGGUUUCGACACUCAUUUUGGUUACUGGAAUGGAUAUAUUGGAUAUUUUGAUUUCUUUGCCUACCAACCCAUGGAUCCUAACGACACCAGUACCGGAGAGACCGAGUGGUCGGGAUUGGAUUUACACGACGGCUUCGCACCUCAAUGGGAGUACCAAAACCAGUACGCUACAGACCUAUUUACAGAAAAAUCAUUGGAGGUCAUUGACAAACACAAUAGCAGCGAUCCAUUAUUCCUCAUGAUUGGUCAUUUAGCAGCUCAUACCGGAGCACAUGGAACCGAGUUGGGAGUACCCGAUGUCAAUCAGACGCAAAAAGAUUAUUGGUAUAUAGAUGACCCAGUCAGGCAACGAUUUGCAGAUGUGGUCAACAGAUUGGAUAAAUCAGUGGGCGAUGUUGUCCAACAGUUACAGAAAAAGGAUAUGUUAAAGAAUUCUAUUAUUCUCUUCUUAUCGGAUAAUGGAGCACAGACAGUUGGAAUAUAUGAGAACCAUGGAUCUAAUUAUCCACUAAAAGGGCUUAAGUUUAGUUUACUAGAGGGCGGUGUAAGAGGUUCCGCUGUUUUAUUCAGUCCUUUGUUGUCGAAAAAGGGAUAUAUUAAUAACCAUUUAUUGCACAUAUCCGAUGUUUACACAACACUGAUUGAACUUGCAGGCGGAACCGCUCCAAAUAAUACUGAUGGAAUCAAUCAAUGGUCUACUAUUUCUUAUGAUAAAAAUACCCAAAGAAAAGAAAUAUUACUCAAUGUAGACGAGAUCCAAGGAUAUUCCGGUAUCAUAAGUAAACUUGGAAGAUACAAAUUCCUAAACGGUUCAUAUCUGUUAGGCAUUUAUGACGGAGCUUUAGGAGAAACAGGAAGAAAUUCUAGCACACCAACUUACGAUGCAUCGAAAGUUAUUAGUAGCGCUGUAAAUCAGGCUAUUCAAAGCCUUUCAGGAAUAUCGCCUCUCAAUUCCUCAACUAUAAGCACAUUGAGAGAACAACUUGAUAUUAGUUCUUGCAAUCAAAAAACUAGGACUUCUGACUCACCCUGCCUAGGUGAAUGCCUUUUUGAUUUAUGGAAAGAUCCUUGCGAAACUGAAAAUAUAGUUUCUUCGUCGCCAACUAUAGCCGAAAAACUAAGAGAAAAAUUAUAUAACUAUGUGAGUCAAAUAGUUCCGGAAAGAAAUAGAGGAGUUGAUUUGAAUUCAAACCCAAAAAAGUAUAAUAACACAUGGUGUACCUGGUUAGAUGAUAGCGAAUGCUAUAAAACAUUACUGUAAUGUAAUUUAUUCCUAGAGAAAUUCGUUAAUAAAUAUUCUAA